GAUGUAACAACGGUUUAUAUUUUCAACCCUAAAAAUGUGUUCAGGCAAUUUUGGGAUUGUUUUCUAUCAAUGUGCCUUUUUAUUGUCCCGUGUUGUUUGGGCUGCUAGUAGUAUAAAGUAAUCUUACUCUUCCACUUCUCACAGAGUGCCUACACAGCUUAGUGCUUCCCCUCAAACAAAUAGAAUCAAAAAUACGUUAGGUACAGAACCACCUUCAGCUCAUGUUAAGCCAGGAAAACUCUUGUAUGUCACUAAAAUCAUGUAUAAACAUGAGGAAGAAAAAAAUUCACCAACAGAGCUGCAGUGAGAGGCGGAGCAAUGCUGGAAAGAGGAGAACUGCAACGUCACACUCCAGAAAUGAAGGUUAAGGAUUUGUCAGUGUCGCAGUAGAGUUUAGGCAGUCGAGACAAGUCUCUGCUUCUCUCUAAAAGAAAAAUUCAAACUGAGUUCAUCAGGUCUUUCUCAACAAAACAGCAGAGUCUCUGUCAAACACUGAUAUGGCUGCUGCAAACUAUCUGCGAUCUGAAGAUCAGUUUCUGUGCUCCAUCUGUCUGGAUGUGUUCACUGAUCCAGUCAGUAUACCAUGUGGACACAACUUCUGCAAAAACUGCAUCAAUGAACACUGGAAUACUAAUGAUCAGUACCUGUGUCCGAUGUGUAAAAAGGUUUUCAACACAAGACCUGAGCUGCACGUCAACACUUUCAUCUCUGAGAUGGUUGUUCAGUUCAGACAGUCAGCUCAACAGAAAACCAGCAGCAGCAGCUCAGAGCAACAAGUGUCCAAACCAGGAGAAGUUCCCUGUGACGUCUGCACAGGAACCAAACUGAAGGCCCUGAAGUCCUGCCUGGUGUGUCUGGCCUCCUACUGUGAGACUCACCUGGAGCCUCAUCUGACAAUGUCAGGCCUGAAAAGACAUCAGCUGAUCGACCCUGUGGAAGUGAAUCUGGAAGGCAGGAUGUGUACGAAGCACGAUAAACCUCUGGAGCUGUUCUGUAAGACCGACCAGACAUGUGUCUGCAUGCUCUGCCAUGUUCUAGACCACAAAAUGCAUGAUGUUGUUCCUCUGAAAGAAGAAUAUGAAGGAGAGAAGGCCAAGCUGGGGAAGACAGAGGCUGAAAUCCAGCAAAUGAUCCAGAAGAGACGACUGAAGAUUCAGGAGAUCAAACACUCAGUUGACCUCAGUGAGGAAGAUGCAGACAGAGAGAUAGCAGAAGGUGUUCAGGUCUUCACUGCUCUGAAGGAGUCUGUUGAGAGAGGCCAAGCCAAUCUCAUCAACUCGAUCAAAGAGAAGCAGAAAACAACAGAAAAACAGGCAGAAGCUUUCAUCAAAGAGCUGGAACAGGAAAUCUCUGAGCUGACGAAGAGAAGGACUGAGAUCGAGCAGCUCUCACGCUCUGAAGACCAACUCCAUCUUCUCCAGAGUGUCCAGUCCCUGAAAGCUGCUCCAUCCACCAAGGACUGGAUAGAGGUCAGUGUCCGUCCAUCAUAUGUGGGGACUAUGAGGAGAGCUGUGGCUCAGCUGGAAGAGACACUCAGUAAAGAGAUGAAGAAACUGGUCGCUGAGUCAGAGCUGAAUAGGAUCCAGCAGUAUGCAGUGGAUGUGACACUUGAUCCUGAUACAGCUCAUCCUCAACUCAUCCUGUCUGAUGAUGGGAAACAAGUGAAUCACGGUGUGAGGAAGAAUCUCCCAGACAACCCAGAGAGAUUUGAUACUUAUAUUAAUGUCUUAGCAAAGCAGAGUUUCUCUUCAGGCAGAUUUUACUUUGAGGUUCAAGUUAAAGGAAAGACUGAAUGGGACUCAGGAGUGGCCAGAGAGUCGAUCAACAGGAAGGGAAAAAUCACACUGAAACCUGAGGAUGGUUACUGGGCUCUAUGUUUAAGAAAUGGAAAAGAGUACAUAGCUGCUACUAGCCUUUCAGUCUUUCUCUCUCUGAAGUCUCGGCCUCAGAAGGUGGGGGUGUUUGUGGAUUAUGAGGAGGGUGUGGUCUCCUUUUAUGACGUAGAUGCUGCAGCUCUUAUCUACUCCUUUACUGGCUGCUGCUUCACUGAGAAACUCUUUCCAUACUUCUGUCCUGGUCUUAAUGAUGGUGGUAAAAACUCUGCACCUCUGACCAUCUCUCCUGUCAGAGUAAACUAAUCACUUAUCGUAUGUCAUGUAUUGAGUUAUUUCGUUUCAAGGGAACAAAUGUACAUUUACUGUGGUGAUUGAUUCACACUUCAAUCAGACCCUCCAGGAAUUUGCGAUGUUGCGAUUACAACAAUUCACGAUCAUGAUUUUUGCACGACCUUGAAAUUUAGUCCAAUCACCGCAACUUUUCCGCAAAUUUGACGGAUCAUAGCAGUCCCCCACUUUGGAAAAUAUCUAAAUUAAUACAGUAUAAAUGUUUGAUUUUGUGUCUGUAUGUAGUCAGCGAUGUCCUGAAGUCAAAUAAAUCAGUCAGGAAUCAUUUAUGUAAUUUUUCAAGCAACCCAAAAAUCAAAGAAUAAAGUAAUUUCCCUCAUAAAUUAGUGGAUAUGUAAAACGUU